AUGGCCGGGCGCUGCGGGCUCCGGGGAGCGCUCGGUCCGCGCUGCCCGUCCCGCUGGCCGCAGGGCUGGCGUCUGUCCCUGCGGCCGCCAGCAGCGCGUCUGGCCCAUGCCGGGGCUGCGGCCCAGCUGCAGCAGGAAUACGACGCGGUGGUGAUCGGGGCAGGACACAACGGGCUGGUGGCAGCUGCCUACCUGCAGCGGGCAGGGCUGCGCACGGCUGUGCUGGAGAGGCGCCACGUGCUGGGCGGCGCCGCCGUCACUGAGGAGAUCGUGCCAGGGUUCAAGUUCUCCCGGGCAUCGUAUCUGCUCAGCCUGCUGCGACCACAAAUCUACGCUGAUCUGGAGCUGCAGCGGCACGGUCUGAGGGUGCUCCCACGGGACCCCUACUCCUUCACCCCAGUGCUGGAGGACAGGAGCCGUCCUCGCUCCCUUCUGCUGGGACAUGACAUGGCCCAGACUCAGCAGCAGAUUGCUCAGUUCUCCCAGAAGGAUGCCCAGGCCUAUCCUGAGUAUGAGGCGUUCAUGGGGCGCAUGGUGUUGGCCCUUGACCCACUGCUGGAUGCCCCUCCAGUGGAUACAGCUGCCCUGGGAAAGGGCUCCCUGCUCCAGCAGCUCAGGAACCUGCAAACCCUGAAGCCCUUGCUGCAGGCAGGGCUGGCACUGGGACGGCAGCUGCCCCACUAUUACGAGGUGCUCACAGCUCCCAUCUCCAAGAUCCUGGAUCAGUGGUUUGAGUCAGAACCCCUGAAGGCAACUCUGGCUACUGAUGCUGUGAUUGGAGCCAUGGCCAGCCCACACACCCCUGGCAGUGGGUAUGUGCUGUUGCACCAUGUCAUGGGUGAGCUGGAGGGACGGCGUGGGGCCUGGGGCUACGUGGCAGGCGGGAUGGGAGCCCUGUCCCACGCCAUCGCCCAGGCAGCCGCUGCCCGGGGAGCCCACAUCUUUGCUGACAAGGCAGUGUGCCACGUGCUGCUGGGCAGGGCCGGGGAGGCGCGGGGUGUCGUGCUGCAGGAUGGGACAGAGGUGAGGAGCAAACUGGUGCUGUCCAAUGCCUCCCCCCAAAUCACCUUUCUGGAACUCAUUCCUCAGGAGCAGCUGCCCAAGGAUUUUGUCCAGCGGAUCCGGCAGCUUGACACACGCUCCCCUGUCACCAAGAUCAAUGUGGCGGUGGAUCGGCUGCCCAGCUUCCUGGCUGCCCCCAAUCCCCACGAUGGCCAGCCCCUGCCCCACCACCAGUGCUCCAUACACCUCAACUGUGAGGGCACCCAGCUCCUGCACCAGGCAUUCACUGAGGCUGCCCAGGGGCACCCCUCCAGCAGGCCCAUGAUCGAGCUCUGCAUUCCCUCAGUGCUGGACCCAGGGCUGGCCCCGCCAGGCUGCCACGUCGUGUCCCUGUUCACACAGUACACCCCGUCCGUGCUGGCGGGCGGGCGGUGCUGGGACAAGCAGGCCAGAAAUGCGUACGCAGACACAGUGUUUGACUGCAUCGAAGACUAUGCCCCAGGGUUCAAGGCAUCUGUCAUUGGCAGGGACAUCCUGACGCCACCAGACCUGGAGAGGAUCUUUGGGCUGCCCGGUGGAAACAUCUUCCAUGGAGGGAUGUCUCUGGACCAGCUGUACUUUGCCCGGCCAGUACCAUCCUACUCUGGCUACCGGUCCCCAAUUCCUGGCCUGUACCUGUGUGGAAGUGGAGCCCACCCUGGAGGAGGAGUGAUGGGAGCAGCAGGACGCAAUGCUGCCCAGGUGGCUAUCAAGGAUUUCAGACACCUCUGAUGAAAUUGGUGAAACUGACUUCACCAACACAGGGUUGUGACAGCAGCAUGCCCUGCUGGUGCCAUGCAGAGCCCUGCCCAUCCCCGACUUGCUUCCCCAGCACCUCAGGGCAGCAGCAUCUCCUGAGAGCUGGAUGUAGGCUGGCAGGGUCCCCUGUGCUCCCAGCUGCUACUGUCACUUUGAGCAGAUGGCUGCUCCUAGCCUGACACAACCCAGCCUUGC